AUGGAGGCGGAGCUCACGCGGCCCAUCAGCGCGGCGCAGGCGGACGCCAUCGAGCGCGCACACGCCCCGGGUCCGCUGUCGGAGGUGAUCGCCUCUGGGACGUUCACCGGUCAGGGCGCGCUGGAGAUGACGCGGAAGGACGUGGCGACGAUGGCGACGGGCGAGUGGCUGAACGACGAGAUGGUGAACUUCACGAUCGGCACGAUGGCGGAUCGGGAGAUGGCGAGGUGCGGCGGCGCCCAACCGCGGGUUCACUUCUUCAACACGUUUUUCGUGAGGAAGCUUUCCUCCCAUACGGAUGGGGGCGAUGGGUACAACUACGGCGCGGUGCGGCGGUGGACGACGAAGAAGAAGCUCGGGUACGACGUCCUCGAGUGCGACAAGGUGAUCAUUCCGGUCCACCAGGGCAUCCACUGGGUCCUCGCCGUCAUCGACCUCGCCGCCAAGUGCGUCAGGUUCUACGACUCCCUGCUCGGCGACGAUAAAGGGCUCGUCAAGGAUUUGUUACGGUGGGUGCGCGACGAGUGGAAAAACAAAAAGGAUGCCGACGUCGACACCGACGGGUGGUCCGUGGAGAUCCCCAAGGACAUCCCGCGGCAGAUGAACGGGUGCGACUGCGGGGUGUUCAUGCUCAAGUACGCGGACUACAUCGCGACGGGGUGCCCCCUCACGUUCCACCAGCGCGACAUGGAGUAUUUUCGGCAAAGGAUCGUCGCCGACGCCAUGGAGAAGGGAAUUUCAGUUAGAACCCUGCCAUAUAAUUAG